AUGAUUAGCUUUCAUGAGUUCGAAGGAAUCGGACCUAUUCCAUCAAAGUGGCAUGGAGGUUGUCAAUCAGUCAUCAAGGAUAAAGUCCACUGUAAUAGGAAGCUAAUAGGAGCAAAGUACUUUAGCAAGGGCUAUAUGGCACUUCUAAAGACUCUCAACACUUCUUCUCUUCAAACUUAUAUACGCAAGGCAAACUUUUUCACCAGUCGAGACUUUAAUGGGCAUGGGACUCAUACUCUUUCCACGGCUGGUGGUAGUUUCGUCUUUGGAGCAAAUGUGCUCGGCAAUGGGAAUGGCACAGCCAAGGGUGGAUCCCCCAAAGCCCGUGUCGCCGCUUACAAGAUUGGUGGUUGGCUACAAACUGAAGAUGCACCAGCUUACACCGAUGCUGAUGUUAUGGCUGGCUUUGAUGCUGCAAUAAGUGAUGGUGUGGACAUAAUCUCGGCCUCUAUUGGUAGUGAUGAACCUAUUGAGUUUUUCGAAGAUGUGAUUUCAAUAGGGAGUUUUCAUGCGGUUAUGAAUAACAUUGUUGUGGUUGCCUCGGCUGGCAACGAAGGACAUGAUCCAAAGACUGUAACUAAUGCAUCACCAUGGACCAUAACCGUGGCAGCUAGCACAGUCGACCGUGAGUUCAGCAGUUAUGUAUCUCUUGGCAAUAAAAAACACCUUGAGGGAGCAAGUCUUUCUUCACGCGGCUUGCCAUCUCAAAAGUUUUAUCCAUUGACCUAUGGGGAAUUCUGCAAGCCUAAAAGCCUAAAUCCAAAGAAUGUAAAUGGGACUAUUUUGGUUUGUUAUGUUGGGGAUGAGACUUCAAAACUUGAAAAGGGCCACCAGGCAUUUCUUGCAGGUGCUGUUGGAAUGAUUCUAGUUAAUCAUCCCUUAAUUGGGAAUGAAACAGAUCCUGAGGCUCAUGUGCUCCCUGCAUCUCAUCUCAAUGCUAUUCAAGGAAAUUUAGUGAUCGAAUACCUCAAAACUACCAAGGCUCCCAUGGCUUACAUGAAUCGACCAAAAACUGGAGUUGGAGUUAAGCCAGCUCCAGCCAUGGCUUCAUUCUCAUCGAGAGGACCUAAUGUUAUUCAGCCAGCUGUGCUUAAGCCGGAUAUCACAGCACCAGGAGUCUAUAUUAUUGCUGCAUAUAGUGGAGCUGUUGGACCAACUGAUGAAAUAUUUGAUAAACGUCGAGUCCAAUUCAACACAAUUUCAGGUACUUCAAUGUCAUGUCCUCAUGUUUCUGGGAUCGUUGGCCUUCUCAAAACUCUUCAUCCAGAUUGGAGUCCAGCUGCAAUUCAUUCAGCUAUAAUGACAACAGCAAGAGUUAGAGAUAACAACAAUGAACCGAUGUUGGAUUGGAACAUGAAAAAAGCAACACCCUUUGAAUAUGGUUCAGGCCACAUUCAACCAAACCGAGCUAUGGAUCCUGGACUUGUGUAUGAAAGAACUAUUGACGAUUACAUGAACUUUUUAUGUGCCCAUGGCUACAAUGAAACAAUGCUUAAGAAAUUUUAUAAGAAACCGUAUAAAUGUCCCAAAUCAUUCACUCUAGGCAAUUUCAACUACCCUUCCAUUACAGUUACAGAUCUAAGUUCACAAUCAACAACAAUCAUUACUAGAAAAGUUAAGAAUGUUGGCCCACCAGGCACCUACAAAGCAUAUGUGAGGGCCCCAGCUGGAGUUUCUGUUUAUGUUAAGCCCACAACAUUACAAUUUAGCAAAAUUGGUGAAGAAAAGAAUUUUGAGAUUAUUUUGAAGCCAAAAAUUGUUGGACAACCUAAAGAUUAUGUGUUUGGACAAUUGAAAUGGACAGACGGGAAGCGCUAUGCUAGGAGUCCUAUAGUAGUCAAGUACUAAAAGGAGUCAGAAAUUAGUAUGGCAGAUUAAAAUGUAAAAUAUUUAUUUUAUUCAAGCACAUUCAUCGAGAAAGUAUGUAUGCAUUGUC